AUGAACUUUUUAUCAAAUGGCUCUUUCAUACGGUAUGGAAAUGUGAAAUUGUGGGAAACCUGUUGUCGACAAAUCCUACCAUCUAUAAGUUGUAAUGAAAUAAAAUGUAAUAAAACAAGGACCUAUGCACAAGGAUGUACAAAAUUAUACUUUAAAAUUUAUUGCUAUACACGCAAACUUAGCCCUUUUUUUACACAAGUUCGAUUUCAGAAAGAUUACCCACAACUUCAUCGUGAUAAUGAGUUUCCAAACUUUGAUUAUUAUAGGAAAAACGAGUUCAAAGAUCUUAGUAAGACAACAUGGGGGGCUGGUAAUCAAAAACCAGGAUUCACUUAUACAAUCGGGUUCUUUGGAUUGAUGUGUGGAAUGUACGGCGUAAAAGCAGAAUUAGUUCAUUUCAUAUCAUAUAUGGCAGCUGCAGCUGAUGUUCUCGCGCUUGCGUCCAUUGAGGUUGAUAUAUCUAAUAUUCCACCGGGUAUGUGUCUUUCUUAUAAGUGGAGAGGGAAACCCCUCUUCAUAAAACACAGAACUGAAAGUGAGAUCAAUGCUGAGGCUGGAACUCCUCUUUCUUUACUACGAGACCCUCAGACGCCUGAACAACGCAUGAUCAAACAACAGUGGCUUAUCGUUAUUGGUAUUUGCACACAUUUAGGAUGUGUUCCUGUACCCAAUUCUGGUGAUUACAACGGUGGUUUCUACUGCCCGUGCCAUGGCAGUCAUUAUGAUAAUGCCGGUAGGACUCGGAAAGGCCCAGCUCCUUUAAAUUUAGAAGUACCUUCUUAUAGAUUCGUUUCUGAUAAUGUUGUAUUGGUUGGGGAAUAAGUGGAUUUUUAACAUGUAUUUCUACUUUUUUGGACGCAAAAGGACAUACACG